AAAAAAAAAAAAAAAAACCACACAAAUUUGUUAAUUGAACCCCUAAAAUAAAUAUAGUUAAAAUCCUCUUAAUUUUGGGCAAUUUUGAAUAGAGUUAUGAGUUAUCUAAUAUAUUUUAUUAUUCAACCGAUGCAGACCCAAUUUAUGUGCUAAAAACUAGUAAUUGUAAAAAUUCACUAGAAUGACGUGGCUCCGAAUCGAAUAACAAUUAACAAGAAAGAACUCAAAUAGCCUUACAAGUUUCAAUAAUAAGUUGAUCGUCUUCUUCUCCAUCUGGACCUCUCAAAACAAAAAUUCACCAGGACAUCUGUAAAAUCCCCUUGGACAUUAACCUUAGGGUUUUCCAGUUGGGGGAUUCGCAUUCUCUUCAUCGAUUCCUUCGCGAAUUGUUUGUUCAUCAGCCUCCGUCCGCCAGAAAUCAAAAUGUACGGAUUCGAAGCGUUAACCUUCAACAUCCACAGUGGCUAUUUGGAGGCGAUCGUUAGGGGUCACAGAUCUGGAUUGCUCACUGCCGCUGAUUACAACAAUCUCUGCCAGUGUGAAACUCUAGAUGACAUCAAGAUGCACCUUUCCGCCACCGAGUACGGGCCUUAUCUGCAAAAUGAACCAUCGCCUCUGCAUACAACUACGAUUGUGGAGAAAUGCACUCUCAAAUUGGUUGAUGAAUAUAAGCACAUGUUAAGCCAAGCCACAGAGCCCUUGUCAACAUUCUUAGAGUACAUCACAUAUGGUCAUAUGAUAGACAAUGUUGUCCUCAUUGUGACUGGAACCUUGCAUGAGAGGGAUGUGCAAGAAUUGUUGGAGAAAUGCCAUCCUCUGGGAAUGUUUGACAGCAUUGCUACAUUGGCGGUGGCACAGAACAUGAGAGAGCUAUACAGACUUGUGCUUGUUGACACGCCUCUGGCCCCAUAUUUCUCCGAGUGCAUUACUUCGGAGGACUUGGAUGAUAUGAACAUUGAGAUCAUGAGAAAUACUCUCUAUAAGGCAUACCUGGAGGAUUUCUAUAAAUUUUGCCAGAAACUUGGAGGAGCUACUGCAGAGAUCAUGUCUGACCUACUUGCUUUUGAGGCCGACCGAAGAGCAGUCAAUAUAACCAUUAAUAGCAUUGGUACAGAGCUUACUCGGGAAGAUCGCAGAAAGUUGUACUCUAAUUUUGGCUUGCUCUACCCCUAUGGCCAUGAGGAGCUUGCUAUUUGCGAGGACAUAGAUCAGGUUCGUGGUGCCAUGGAGAAAUAUCCUCCUUAUCAAUCUAUUUUUGCUAAGUUGUCUUAUGGGGAGAGCCAGAUGCUUGACAAGGCAUUCUAUGAAGAGGAGGUGAAACGACUUUGCUUAGCAUUUGAGCAACAGUUUCACUAUGGGGUGUUCUUUGCAUACAUGAGGUUGAGGGAGCAGGAGAUCAGGAACUUAAUGUGGAUAUCUGAAUGCGUGGCUCAGAACCAGAAGUCCAGAGUGCACGACAGUGUCGUAUUCAUCUUCUAGUAGAUUCAUUCGAGGAUUGUUACAUAGAACCCUGCGCCCCUUGAUUUUGUGAUGUAUAUUAAGUUUCAUUCAAUUUCUUGAUAAAUGAUGAGAUGCCGUCUUGCACGCGGUUAAUUUCAAAUAAGCAUAUGCUUGAUCUACGACAGUGACCAGGUAAUAAUUUGUAUCAUUAUAGCCUCUUUAUUGUUUAAAGAUCCUUAAAUGUAUUGAUUGUAUUAGUAAACCGUGUUUCGUUUCAAAUAAAUUACUUUAAGGUCGCCUGAUCUGUUAUGGCGUCCGGAGAACGGUUUUUGUAAACUCAGUAACAUAAUAUCACC